AUGUCUUGGUUAAGAGACACAGGUGCAUUUAUUGUUAAAGAACGUUAUCCAGAAACUGGUUAUCCAUUUAUUAUUCGUCAUUUACUAUCUGAUGAUGCACUUGAUUAUUAUCCAGCUCAUGAAGACAUGAUCUUCAAUUUUUAUGAUCUUCGUAAACUAUUAUUACAUAAACAAAAUGUCUUAGCACCUGUACGUACCUUGCCAACCCUUGAUUCCAUCGCCACUUUAUCUUUAACUACUGCACCUCCUGUUCUCACGUCUACUCAACUUCCUACUUCCACCACUGAUAAAACAAUAGCUAUGACCACUUAUACGUUCGCUCAAUCGCUAGAAGAUUUAACACAAAAUGAUAUUAGAAAAACUAUUAUCGAAGGUUUACAACGAAACACUGCAAAGUUUACCGGCGAACAUCGGCAAGAUGUUAUCAAAUGGUUGAAAACUCUCGAGUUUAAAUUCGAUACAGCAGACAUUCCAACUGCUAAGAAGUUUUAUUUAAUUCCACAGUUAAUCGAUAAAGAAGCACUUGAUUGGUUUCAAGAAAAUAAAACAAACUUCACAAUAACGGGUACACCAGUGCGUCCCGAUACAACUCAUCGUCCUUCGCCAGAGCAUCAUCACUCACGUUUAUUGGUUACAAAUUCAUCUGAUACUCCGGCACAUAUAUCGGAAUUUUUCUGUUUUGGUUAUCUACUUAGCAACCCGGUCGGAUCACAGAAUUUCUUUAAUCAAAUCGCGUUGCUAUGUCGUCGUUACAACGAGAAGAAAAAUCAACAGACCUUCAACCGUACCGUCACACAUUCUCAGCUACCACAACGGCUUUUUAAUGAUUCAAAGCGUCUUUAUCGACCGACCCCUUCGAUUCACCAUGUUACGCUCAAUACUCUUCCUCAUUUUUCUUCUUCUCAAUUUCAACAAACUCGCGAUCUAUUAGUGAACCAUCUACUUGAUCGUGAUAAUAAAGAUCGACUUUUGGCACUCCUUGCUCAAUUUUCACAACUUUUCGACAAUUCUCGUCACAACAUAUCUAACAUUGUUGUCGAAAAUGUUUUUAAUACUGUUCCGCAUUCUCCACCAUCUUUCCGACCUCAUCGAAAUCGACAUCAUCGUGAAGAAACACAACGUCUUAUUGAAGAAUUUCUCGAAGCUGCUAUGAUCCAAGAGUCGAACUUGCCUUAUGCAGCACCCGCGUUUAUCGUUCCUCGAAAAUACAAUCGUCCGAGUCGACUCGUUGUGGAUUAUAGGGCGUUAAACAAAAUUACUAUUCCUGAUGUUAGUCCUUUACCUCACAUGGAAGAUUUAUUACAAGAACUUGGCAAGGGAUACAAGUAUUUUAGUCGCCUUGAUCUGAAAUCCGGUUACCAUCAGUUUCGUAUACCAACAGCUGAUCGGCCAAAGACAGCAUUCGUCGUUUCUCAAGGUCAUUAUGAAUUUCGUGUACUUUCCAUGGGACCACAAAAUGCACCUGCGGCGUUCCAAAAGACUAUGUACGCGGUGAUGAAAUCCUGUCGAGAAUUCUGUCAUGUCUUCCUCGAUGAUAUCAUCAUUUGCUCCAAAUCAUUCGAUGAGUAUAUCAACCACUUAAAAUUAGCCUUUGAAGCUCUUGCCAAAGAAAAACUUGUUCUCAAUGCUUCGAAAUGCUAA